CUGCGAUUUUCAUAAUUUAACUUUUUCAGCAUUUCAAUUUGGACGCGCUCGCCUGCUGUUCGCCUGCUUUCCCUUGCUCCUCUCACCACCAGUACUUGCGCGAUAUAAUCAAAUGGCCCAGCAUAGCGUCCAGGGCGCAACUGUUGAGCUUAGCGACCACAGCGAGGCAAACUCGAGUAGUCGCAAACGCUCCGAAUCGGUUAACGGACCAGAGCAGUUGGACAAGGACGAGCUCGGCCGCUUCAAGAGCUCAAAACGCCACCGCCUAGACACCGCCGCAGGUCUGCCAGGCGAUGAGACAAAGCCCGCGGGUGCGGAUGACAAUCACACCCAUCAAAACACGGAUGAAGACAGCGACGAGGAGGAUGGCGACUUUGGCGGCUCUACAUCUGGCAACAGCGUUGCCACUGAUGCUGGAGAGGAGGACGAGGAAUUGCUAAACGUCGACGGUAGCUGCGCGCCGUCCCCGCUGCCGGACACAUCACACGAGAUCAUUGACGACACCGAGGCGCAUGUGCUGGGCAUCAAUGGGUUCAUCCAGGAGUAUCUGGUCAGCAAGGGCAUCUCGGUCCGAUCGUUGCUGGACGUGUUUGCGGCACCCACAUCGCUUAUCCAGACUGUGCCUGAUUUCCAGCUGCUGCCGCUCCUCAAGCACUACUUGACGCGAUUCUACCGUAACCGGCCAAAGCUUCCCUCUGUCAACUCGCUGGAGGACGUCAUCAAGCUACUGAAGCAGUCUCGGCGCAUCAUGGUUUUGACCGGUGCUGGCGUCAGUGUUUCGUGUGGUAUUCCUGAUUUCCGGUCGCCGACGGGAAUAUACACUCGGCUCAACGACGAAUACGGCCUGGAUGACCCUCAGCAGAUGUUUGAUAUCGAGUAUUUCCGGAUGAUGCCCCAGCUGUUCUACUCGUUUGCCAAGGAACUGUUUCCAUCCAAUUUCACUCCAGCACCAUCGCAUGCGUUUGUGAAGAUGCUUGAGGACAAGGAGAAGCUGCUGCGCAACUAUACGCAGAACAUCGAUACGCUGGAGCACGUAGAAGGAAUCAAGAACGUGCUGAACUGCCAUGGGUCGUUUGCGACAGCAACAUGUAUCAAGUGCGGAUACAAGUGCGACGGUAAGGAUCUGGAAGGAGAUAUCAUGGUGCAGCGGAUUGCUUACUGCCCAAAGUGCAACGACCAGCCGAGUCAAUCCACCAAGCCGAAGAGCGAUGAUGACGAGGACGAUGGCGAUUAUGGGAUGCAGCGCGGCGUAAUGAAGCCAGACAUUACAUUCUUUGGUGAAAAGCUGCCGGAUGCCUUUGACGAAGCGCUGCUGGCCGACCGCGAGAAGGUUGACCUGCUGUUGGUCAUGGGUAGUAGUCUGAAGGUGGCACCGGUUUCCGACAUCAUGGGGCAUUUGCCACAUACAGUUCCGCAGAUUGUCAUCAACAAGACGCCAAUUCUGCACUUCAACUUUGAUGUGCAGCUACUGGGCGAUGCUGACGACAUUGUGGCAUAUCUUGCCCAUGCGUGCGGCUGGGAGCUGCGGCAUCCACGGGUUGCUGGCCAGAGCACACAGAGCGCGGAGUUCCAGGCACAAAUGCCAGCGCCAAUCGAGUCUCCGCCUGAUAUCAAGGUGGUAGCGAGUGUGAGAGAUGCGGCCACACCUGGCGGAGUAGAGACGGUGGAGAAGUCGUACAGUGUGCCCAAGCACUGGAUCGUGUUUCCAAGUGCGGUCAUCAGCGGCAAGGACUUGAUGGUUGCAAAUGGUGAUUUGCCAAUUAGGCUGGCCAUUGAUUCCAGCGAUGAGGAAGAUGCGGAUAGUUACGACAGCGAAGACGAUGAAGGAGACGCUUUGGCAAGCGACAUUGAAAAGCUUCACCCGUCGACACCUACAUCUUGAAUGAAUAAACCCGUAUUUUGAA